CUUUCCCUAUAAAAGACACAUAAAACUCGAUGUGUUCCGGAUAGAAGCAUCGAAGAAGGGGGUUUGCGAAAAUGGGGUCGGAACACGAUGAAGUUAAACAGAGGGAUUUGAUGUAUAGACUGAUGAUAAGUCAGCUAUUCUAUGAUGGACAUCAGAAGCUGGCUGUUUCAUUGUCGACUCUAGUGAAGGCCCACCCAGCCUGUCCUCCCUCUGACCGACUCUUCAAGGUGCUCAAGUAUGGCCUGGAGAUCGAAGAAGAGAUCCAUGGGAAAGAGCUGAUAGGAUCUGAAAAUGUAGCCCCUGGAUCUGGGAUUGACCUGGAAUAUGAAACAGAUGUUCAAACCAUAUCCCCAGAGGCAGCUUUGUACGAGACCUGUUACGUGACAGCUCACAAGGGGCCAUGUCGUGCUGGUGCCUUUCACAGUGGAGGAAAACUGAUAGCUACUGGAUCGGAAGAUUCUUCUAUCAAGAUUUUAGAUGUAGAGAGGAUGUUGGCCAAGAGUGCAACACCAGCCGAAAUCAUUGCCAUGGAAACGCCUCAGCAGGCCAUGGAGAACCACCCAGUCAUCCGAACUCUGUAUGAUCAUAACGAUGAGGUGACAUGCCUUGAUUUUCAUCCCAACCAUCAGAUUCUGGCUUCUGGCAGCAAAGAUUUCAGUAUCAAGUUCUUUGAGUAUUCUAAACCAUGUAAGAAAGCAUACAAGAGUAUACAGGAAGCAUCAGAGGUACGCUGUCUGUCAUUUCACCCGUCGGGAGAGUAUAUCCUCUGUGGUACCAAACAUCCCACCUUGCGUCUGUAUGAUGUAAACACAUUCCAGUGUUUUGUUGGCCGACAUCCUAGCCAUCAACAUGAAGGACCACUUACAGCGGUUAAAUGGUGUCCGAAUGCUAACCUGUUUGUGACAAGUUCAAAGGACGGGGACAUUAAGAUCUGGGACGGAGUAAGCAAUCUCUGUAUCAACACAUUUAAAAAAGCACAUGAUGGCAACGAGGUGUGCUCCGUCACCUUCUCAAGAAACUCAAAGUAUGUAGUAUCUAGUGGUAAGGACUCACUCGUGAAGUUGUGGGAGCUGUCUACGAACAGGUGUCUCAUCGUGUACACUGGAGCAGGGGCUACCGGCAAACAGCAACACCGCACACAGGCAGUGUUUAACCAUACUGAAGACUACGUGCUGUUCCCUGACGAGGCUACAACAAGUCUGUGCUGCUGGGAUUCAAGGAAUGCUGAAAGGCAGCGUCUCUUGUCAUUAGGUCACAAUGGUGCAGUCCGAUACAUAGCACACUCGCCAACUGGCCCUGCAUUUAUCACGUGUAGUGAGGACUUCAGAGCACGAUUCUGGUACAGGAAGGCCGACACUGACUAACCCUGACCUCUAACGGACAUUCUUCACCGACGCUCAUCAGUCAUGAUAUCAAAUAUCACGCCAUUGAUAAAUUCAUAUGUAUCAUAUUUUAUUUUCACCCUGUUCUCAAUAAUACUGGAUUAGUGUACGAGUACUGAACUUGAAAAUCAUCUGACUGCAGGGACUUUUCUGUGUGGUGCAAUUGUUGGAUAAGGUAUAUUUUACCUUUAGGAUACUUCUGGGGAAAAUGUUUUUGGGUUAUUAGGCCUUAUGUAACAUAAGUGUGUCCCUUACCCAUUUCUUUGUGAAUGAUGGCAGUAACAGGAAUGAUUGUGUGUGUGUGUUUGUGAAAAGCUAGAUAUGUGUUAUGUUUUCUGAUCAUUUCACAGGGAAAAGUUCAUUAAAAAUGGAUUGAUUACACGAAAACUUCUGUAAAAACCCCACACACUUAAAUUUUUUAUUUGCAAACUAUAAAAUAAUCUUGAAAUUAUUAAAUAGACCAUUUUCAUGUAAAAAAUUGAAACAGAGCAAAGUGGGGAAGUUAAAUUUUCAUUUAUUUCACGUGACAGUUUAUACAUAUAAGCACAUAAUUUGAAAGUUUGACCUCCCAAGAUCUGCUAUUUAAAUGGCUGUUUGUGCGAUAAUAACCUGAGGGUCGGGUUUGAGAUUUUAACUGGCUUCAUAGUAAAAAUAAAAUGGAAUGGGAAGAACUUAAGUAAGAAAGUUCAACUGUUGAUUAUUUUCAAACUUCGAUAACCACCAGGUCUCAGGUGUUCACACUGAUAUAAACUGAAUGAUUUGAUAGAACAUGUAUCAAUUAAACAAGAUUAACAGGUUUUACUUACACGUUUCUUAAGAAAUAAACUGAAAUGUUGGUAAAAUUAAAUCUUUGGCAAAAACACUUCUAGAAUUUUAUGUUUUGACAGUGUAGAAUUUUAUAAACUUUAUUUUUGUAUUAAAUGAAUUAAGGACUAUUUCACAAAAAUGGUUUGAGGUGGCCUAUGUAUGGGUGUGGGGGGUUUGAAGGCACAUGUUGAGAUUGAUCAAUGGAUUUAAAUUUGAUUUUUUUUUUACUACCUGUAUAUUUAAAUUUCAAAAUGGAGACCACCAACCAUGGAAUUUGAUUUAGAUACCCAUUAGUUGUAAUUACGAAACAACAACAAAAAAAUAUAUAUAUAAUCUGCUUUCAGCCCCUUCCAUCAGACCUUUUUUUCUGGAAUAGUCCUAAAUGAAAUUUUCAAUAAAAUUUUAGAUUUCAUGAAAUUGUACAGAUUAGAUAUAUGUUAGGUAUAUGUUAAUGAUGUACUUUGUGUUUGAUCAGUAAUUCUGUACAUUCUAUACUGUAAUAAAUAUUGUGAAAUGCUC